AAAGCAGCGUAGGGGGGUGGGGUGGGGGGAAGAGGAGCAAAAGCGGUGCAGUCGGACGUAUCUUACUUUCAGCCCUUAUCUGCUUCCUAUUACUCCCACUUAUUCGCGCGUCGUUCUUUAUUCUAAGAGGAUGCCUCAUUUUUAUACGAUUUAACUGAAUCUGCUCUGAUUGUGCUUGAGUUAAAGCGAAACCGUAUUUUACCCACGGCGACAGAUAAGCGACGGAUUAUUUUUUCCCGCCUUGUUUUUUUUGUCGCGUGAUAGAUCUAAUAGUCUAAUACUGAACAUUAGCGUUCAUUCUGUAACGUUGCGUUUGCGUAGCGAGCUUGGCGGAAGAUGGGCUGUUUGGGGAACAGCAAGACCGAAGACCAGCGCAUUGACGAGAAGGCUCAACGAGAGGCGAAUAAAAAGAUCGAGAAACAGUUACAGAAGGAAAGGCAGGCUUACAAAGCCACACACCGGCUGCUUUUAUUAGGGGCUGGAGAAUCCGGAAAGAGUACGAUUGUGAAGCAGAUGAGGAUCUUGCACGUCAACGGCUUUAACGCAGAAGAAAAGAAGCAGAAAAUAUUGGAUAUCCGGAAAAAUGUGAAGGAUGCCAUUGUAACAAUAGUAUCGGCCAUGAGCACUUUAAUACCUCCAGUGCCACUUGCCAACUUGGACAAUCAGUUUCGUGCCGACUACAUUAAAAGCAUAGCACCACUUUCUGACUUUGACUACACAGAGGAGUUUUUCGAGCAUGCAAAACAACUCUGGGAUGAUGAAGGCGUGAAGGCCUGCUUUGAACGGUCCAAUGAGUAUCAGCUCAUUGAUUGUGCCCAGUACUUUCUGGACAGAAUUGAUUCAGUACGGCAAAAUGACUAUACACCAACAGACCAGGAUUUGCUUAGGUGCAGAGUUUUGACUUCAGGGAUUUUUGAAACACGAUUCCAAGUAGACAAAGUCAACUUUCACAUGUUUGAUGUAGGUGGUCAGAGAGAUGAGAGAAGAAAAUGGAUCCAGUGCUUUAAUGAUGUGACGGCUAUCAUUUUUGUGGCAGCCAGCAGCAGUUACAACAUGGUGAUCAGAGAAGACAACAGUACUAACCGCCUUCGCGAGUCCCUAGAUCUUUUCCGCAGUAUCUGGAAUAACAGGUUUUUACGGACUAUCUCAGUGAUUCUUUUCCUGAACAAACAGGACAUGCUGGCAGAGAAGAUCCUGGCAGGAAAAUCCAAACUUGAGGAUUACUUCCCUGAGUACACUCGCUAUACAGUCCCACCCGAUGUGACCCCUGAUGCUGGGGAAGACCCAAAAGUAACCAGGGCCAAGUUCUUCAUUCGGGAUGAAUUUCUGAGGAUCAGCACAGCAAGUGGUUCUGACAAACACUACUGCUACCCACAUUUCACCUGUGCCGUGGAUACAGAGAAUAUCCGUCGUGUCUUCAAUGACUGUCGCGACAUCAUCCAGAGGAUGCAUCUCCGCCAGUAUGAGCUUUUGUGAUUUGCUGCCACGUUUUAUCCAUUCAUCAAUCAGAUCCCUUCUUCUACACUCCCAGGUUUCAGCAGGACUAGUGAACUACUGACAUUUGACUGAAAAUAUUAUGUGAUUUUUUUCUCUAUUGUUUGUUUUCUUCCACUUUAUCUCCUUAUUUAUACAAGAGUGAGAUGUGUGUGAGUGUUUUCUGUAUCUCUUCAAUCUUGAGAAUUUCAUUUUGACUUUCUACUUGAUAUGGUUGGAUGUGGACCAGCCAGUCCAAUGAAAAUCUGUGGUAACUUCAGGCAGGUAUGCCUGACCUUUGACCUUUGCAGUCUUUUGAAGGUUUUUUUAAGGAGUACUUGACAUAUAGGGGUGGAUAAUGCACUUUUGCAUCAGGUUCCUAAAAUGCAGACCGGUAAGCAUAAUUCACUAUGUAGCACCGCUAUAUUUAUUACUUGUCACUUUUCUCUUUAGUAUCUUUUUUAUUAUGUUUUGCAUUUCAUUAUUUAGUUCUGUUAGAGGUGCAAUGUUGCAGGAAUAUCCAGGUAUUUGGAAUUGUUUAAGAGCACAGGCUAAAUGUAGACAUGUUGGAUUGUUGGACUUGAAGUCUUCUGCAACUCAGUACUUUCUGCAUAAGAAGACUGAGUGGCCAACUGAUAAUUAAUACCUCUCUUUGCAUAGAGAGUUUCUUGAUGUUGGUAUAGUAUGUGUAUACUGUAAAUACACAUAUACACAGAUACAUUAUAUAUUUGGGGGGUUUAUUUUAUUAUGCUUAGGAAUGUGCAAGGUUGCUUUAUCUUGCACAUGCCUGCAAAAUGUAAUGUUAUUUUGUACAUCUUAAUUGAAAAGAGAAAAUACUUGUAGAAGCUCCUUGUGCCUUUGAUUACAGCUGUACCUGUAAAUGAGGAUUUAGAUAUAAAUACAUUUCUGAUGGCGCUGUACAGCUUGAUGUCAAAUCUUAACUGCAGCACAGCCUGCUGAUGGGGAAUCUCUCUCUCUCUCUGUAGAAAUGCAUUUCUCUCUAGCAUUAAGAAAAUGGAAUCAUACGGUCUUUAGUACAAAAUGUAAAUUAGGCAAAAAAAAUAUAUAUAUAUAUACAAUAUGCAAAAGUAACCUCUUACUGAUUGCAAAGUUGUAAAUGGAGUAUGUUUUUAUUUUUCUCUUUUUUUGAAUUAAUUUUCCCUUUCUAGAACUCUUGACAGCUUUAAAAACCACUGAAAAACAUUUUAAGUGUCUAAACUUAGAGCCUGUUAACAUAGUAGGCUGCAUAUUUUCAGACAUGAAAUGCGUCUGUGUGUACACAGGGUUACAGCUGUAAAUGUGUGUAUGCAUGUGUGUGUGUGCCUGCAUGCAUGUGUGUACCCACAGCUCCCUGUUGUGUUCAACCCAGAUUGUACAUCAGCAUUUUUAUAUUUAUAUGUGUACAUAUACAUUUAUAAGGUUACAAAAGAAAGUAUAUUGCAUAAAUAUAUAUGUACAAUUCUACAUAGAAAUGUGUGCCUAUGCGUAUAUAUAUUUAUGAAUGUUUAGUGAGGUUGUAUGCAUAGCCAUGGUUCUAGGUAGGCUGUACUUUAGACGGUUUCUCUCCCAUAAUCUUCAGUAACAUUCAGGUAAUUAUUUGCAAUCCUCACAGCUCACAGAGUAUCGCAGAGCCUUAUCCAGCAUGAUUGCAGUGUAAAAUGUGAAAGAAUUCCAAGAGGUAAUGAGGUCAAUCAGAAUGGGAUUAUUUCAUUUGCAUUGGAGAAAGACCAUGUCCUUUAUAACUUUCUCCUAAUAUGUAACUAAACAUUGCUAAUUCUUUGUCAUCAUACCUGAUUCUUUGUUGUGAAAAUGUACCCACUUUUUACUUUUUAGAUUUAUUGUAAGAGGAAACUUAACAGGGAUCCUUAAAAAGGACCCUUUAUUAGUUCUUUAGGUAGGUAAGAGUCCUUAGCAUCCUAAAAGGAUUUGGUUUAUAAUCCUUUCUAUUAAGUAAACAGAUUUACAUAGACAACCCAGAGGUAAAUCACCAGAUGCAUAACAAAAAAACCUUAAGAGGUAGGUUAGCUUUAACUUUAUUUUCAAAAAGUGGAUGCUUGUGAUUGUCAGGUUAUAAGUUCAAAGACCAGACCUGAGAGCCACUGCUAAGCCCUUAUGUAGGCCCCUUAACUCAUCUAAUAUAUGAUUAAUCAGUAGUUCUGGCACACUUUUAAAUCUAAUUAAGUAAAGAACCUGCCCCCCUUCCUUUCAAUUCUCAGCCUACAGGUUUAUUUUUAGUUUGUGAAAAACUGAUCUAUCCAGCUAAAUGUUUAUGUUGUGGUCUUUGUUCAUGUCACGGUCUUUGUUCAUGUCACUUCAUCUUGAAUGAGCUUGAAUCAGAAUACAAUACACUAUAUGUGGUUCCCCCAAAUUAAAAAUUAGAACUCCAGGAAAUGACAGGACAUGCAGAUGACCAAGACAGGACACAUGGGGCCUCAAACGCUGUACCCUAUGGUGAUGUUAAAGCACUGGUAGAUAAGCUAAUUCUAUUUCCUCUAAGGCGUCUUCAUGUUCAACUAUUGACUGAUAACUGAAAAAGAUAAAAUACAAAACUCUCAGUCUAGCCAUCCAGGACAUAACAUAUUUUGAAUUCUUAAAUUUUAUUUUAGUAAAGAGCAACAUUAGAAACCGAUCAUUUUUGUUUAGAAUGAAAAUGUCAGACGAAAUGUAAUUUUGCAAAUAAACUAUCUCUAAAAGUG